CGGUAGGCUGUAGAUAUGUGCAAAAAGUGUUAAGGAAAAAAAGUGCGCCAUAUUGCCUGUAGCAAAGUGCUGUGUUUGUCUGCAGUGUGUUGUGAAAUGUGUGUUGUUUGUACGUCUGUGAAGUACUUAAUGGUUUUAGAAGCAAUAAUAAAGUUUACAAAUUGAUGAAUCAUAAUUUGGAGAAAAUGUUUAUACCGUAUUUAUACGAUUCUUGCGUGCGACUAUUCUGGACACAUUGUUCAGUGAGAUCAAAUUAAAUUUUUUAGCAGAGCAAGCGGAAUUCAUGAAGAUUAGACGUAAGCGAAAUGUGUAGUACAAUGCCCCUGACUUUCAGCUUUUGUAAGUGCUUCGUGGAGCUGGACGUCGUUCAUAUUCCAUUGGAUGGCUAUAGAAUUAGAGACGAGCGACUUCAUAGUCGCAGGCAGGUUAACAGUAAUGCGACGUUCAGGCAGCUGUAAACAGUUUCGUGUGUUUCACACUGAAAAAGCCCAUACGAAGUCCACAUAGAAAGGAAAAUUGCUUUCUAGUGGAAAUAUGUGUUUAAAAUAAAUCAAAUAAAUGGAGACUUUUGUUAAAAGAUAUCCUUUACUUUAUAUCUGUUUACCUCCGUGAGGCCUAAUUUGUGUUCAGGGCCUAUUUAAGUACAAAUAUCCCCACCGUUCAGGUAUUAAGUGCCAAAGCCUCACAGAGACAGUGUGCUAUGAUCAAUGUGACGUUAAGGCAGUCUGUUAAUAGCAUUUGUAAGAGCAGGACGAAAACUCGUCAGAAGCAAUGGUUGGCAGCUGGUGCAUCAAGUCUACAUUCCUGGUCGUCGCAUGCUUCUGUUUCGGGUUUCUGGGUGCCCACGUGCCACACAAGCUGCAAUGUGAGUUCUACAAUCGAUCGUCCUGCAUCAGCCAGGGCUUCGGCUGCGAUGCUGUCCAGGAGUGUGCAGUGCCGGAUGCUGGGAAGAACAACUACUGCUACGUCGUCUGGAGCAACAACAGCUUGGGUGAAAUUGUCGUCUCCCUCAAGGGCUGCUUCUUAAGCAAUGUACAGUGCCAGAACCGGACGGAGUGUGUAGAGCAGAACGAAAACCCGAAUCACAAUGUCUUCUUCUGCUGCUGCGAGAGAGACCUCUGCAACCACAACUUCAGCUGGCAGCCGCAACCUGCUCCACCUCGGCCCACUUCUUUCCCCCCAGUCACGACUCCCAGGAACAGCAGUAUGGUGAGCACAAUAGUCUGCACCAUCGUGCCAGUGGUGCUGCUGGCAGUAGCGAUUGCAGUGCUGUACUACGUCUACCGGCAGAGAAAUCUCAGCCACUUCAACGAGGUGCCAAUUGCAGAACCCCAUCCUCUGCCACAGCUGUCACCAAUUCUGGAUUUUCGCCCGAUUCAGUUGCUGGAGAUCAAAGCACGGGGUCGCUUCGGUGCUGUCUGGAAGGCACAGUACAAAAAUGAAACUGUUGCUGUCAAGAUCUUCCCACCUCAGGACAAGGAAUCGUGGGCAGCAGAAUACGAGGUAUACCGACUGCCACGUAUUUCUCACGAGGCGAUCCUGCAGUUUGUCGGUGUGGAGAAACGUGGAGACAACCUGCAGGCGGAGUACUGGCUGAUUACCGCCUUCCACGAGAGGGGCUCACUGUGCGACUACCUCAAAAGCAACCUCGUUACCUGGCCGGAGCUCUGCCGCAUUGCGGAAUCCAUGGCCAGGGGCCUUAUGCACCUGCACGAAGAGAUCCCAUCCCCCAGGGGAGAUCUUCACAAGCCAGCUGUCGCCCACCGUGACUUCAAGUCGAAGAACGUUCUCCUCCGUGCUGAUCUCUCUGCGUGUGUUGCCGACUUUGGACUGGCACUGAUUUUUGUGCCUGGGAAACCCUGUGGAGACACUCAUGGCCAGGUGGGAACGCGCCGCUACAUGGCGCCGGAGGUACUCGAAGGCGCCAUAAACUUCUGCCGUGACUCGUUCUUGCGCAUCGACAUGUAUGCGUGUGGCCUGGUGCUGUGGGAAUUGGCGUCGCGGUGCACUGGCCCUGACGGUCCAGUUUCAGAGUAUCUAUUACCUUUUGAAGAGGAAGUCGGACAGCACCCAACUCUCGAAGACAUGCAAGAAUGCGUCGUACAGAAGAAAGUUCGCCCUUGCUUGCGUGAGCACUGGCGCAGUCACCCGGGCAUGGCUGUGCUUUGCGACACCAUAGAGGAAUGUUGGGACCAUGAUGCAGAAGCGAGGCUUUCUGCCAGCUGCGUCGUAGAGAGGCUUUCCAUGCAGGCGAGGUCAAUGUCCUGCACAAAAGAGCACAUUUAAUAAGUGGAUAGCUUCUGUCACAAAUGCAGCCACUAUCGACAGUGUUCGAUGUUGGGGCGGUAAGUCUGCCGUCCACAUAUCUGUCUGGGAAAUGACGGACGUAUGCGGAGUGCGUAUUUUUGUCGAGCCGUGUGGGAAUUUGGAGAGCACCUCUCAUCAUCUCACACGGUGCCACAGUUUUCUUCUCAUGAGUACGCCUCACCAGCCAAACACAGUAGUUCCUCUGAAUUUUCCUCUGUAAUUUACGUAGAAAAGAUAAAGUCUGCCUUUGAAAGCUGCUCAGAUUACUGCAGAUGUUUUGACCUCAUACGGGAGUGUUUCAGUGCUCCUCCGCACUGGAGAGUACUGCUAGAGGUCCGAAGAGUUUCGUUGGGAUGUUUGCAGUGACUAUUUGUACCUCUUCUGUCAGUGACUUGCUUGCUUUGUGGCUAUGCACCUAAACAUUAAAGCAGAGGAGACAGACCUGCUCUUAUAAUUGAACUUGGCACUUUGGAAAUUUAUGCUCAGUAGUAACUGUAUGUG